CUGGCCUGCGGGACAGGCCCGGAGCCGCGCCGGGAUGUGGAGAGAAGAGGAUGGGCCCUGGAGCCAGCGGCGCCGCGCACACGUCCCCUGGGAGUCGAGCAGCACGCCCCAACACCGCGGCCUCGCUGACUCUUCUGGACACCUGUCUCUGCACGGCACGGCAGGGGAAGAGACUAGAAGCCCCUUGUUUGGUCGCAGCAGGUUCCUUAAGAACAAGAAGCGCAUCAAAGGGAUCCAGCGGAGCCACGCGCAGGCAGGGGGAAAUGGCCCCGCUGCAUGCCCGACCCAGGAGACCGCCGCAGAGGUGGCAUCCCGCACAGCUCUAGGACAGCUGGUGCGCCCACAGGGCAAGAUCACAGCCCGAGGGUUGCAGACGGAUUUGUCCAGCGCUGACUUGGCUCUAAACAUUUCCAGUAAGUCCUUCUCGGCCAGGCCCAGCCACGAGCCGAAUGCAAGAGGCAGCAGGUAUCUCAAAAAAAGCUCUGUGCUGGGUGAAAGAGUGACGCUACGUACUAGCUGUUCCAAGAGGGAAGAAAGCAACCAGCCCAUCGAAAAGAAAGCACCAGUUAAAGCCCGGUUUGAUUUAGACAGUGAUGAGGAGGAAAUGAGAGUGUUAUUAGGGAGUUCUUUGGCAUUUUCCAGUGACAAUGAGGAUCGGAAAGAUAGCACCCAUAAUGCUAAACAUUGUGAAAAGUCCUUCUUAAAGACUGAACUCAAGACUUCCCCUGGAACACCUCUUCUACCUCAUAGACCAUCUUCACAGACAAGUGUAUUUAGUGCACCUUCGCCCUGUACCAAAAGUUCUCAGGAAAGGAAUCAUCAUAGAACUCACCCCCAGGCUUCCUCCUCAUUUGGCAGAAACUCACCAAGACCAAAUCAGAUAUCCCUGUCUGAGAGAUGUGAAAUAAAGUCUUUGGAUGAAUUGUUUUCAAGAGCAAGCAGCACACAAGAUUCAAUCAGUGAAAGCUCUGAUGACUUCAGAGUAAAUAUUUUAAGCCUUGAUGAGUUGGCACCAAGCAUUUCAAGCAAGAGAGAAGACUUGCAACAAAAGAAGACAGACGCUACAAAAGUUAAAAAAUCAGAUGUGGAAAAAGGAAUAAAUGUCUUUCAGGCAAAUAGUGAUCAACCUCCCCUCAAAGUGAGGAGUGCAGGAAUGCGUACCAAUAGUGAUUUUGACAGUGAUAUUGAAGAGGGAAUUGGAACCGAAGCUGAAAUCUCUGAGCAUUUAACUGCAAUUUCUGAAAACUUUCCUAGCCUUCAACAGGAUGUUUUUGAACCUACUGAGAGCACUGUUCAUUCAAAAUAUUCUGAAAACUUUGAAAAAUCUGUUUCUGCAAUAGUAUCUGGGACAACAAACAGGAGAUCUCCGUCUGAAACAUUGAUGGAACACCCUAAUUGCUCUGUACAUUCCAGAGAAACUCUCUCUCUCUCAUUGUCAUCAUCUCUGUCUAAUAAAAAAUGGCAUGGCACAGUAAACAGAGUAACGGUGAAAGAAACUGCAGUUCAGACAGCUGAUUUUCCAUUCACCUACUGCUGGUCAAAAAUGGAUGGCACAGCAAUCCUUGGGCCAACUGCUGGACACAGCUAUCUGGAUCCAAUACCUGUUGCCAGUCAUGUUGUCAGCAUGGAUAUGGUAGAAGCCCUGACGGCAUACAGUCCUGCUGUGUUUGUUUUAAAUGACAUGUUAAAACAGCACUUAAUGCUGACACAGCAGUUUGUAGAAACCUUCCACCAUCUUCAUUUAUCCCUUGUGGAGUCACUGGAGCAUGAGAACUUUCACUAUCACACACUGGAAGAAGCUAAGGAGUACAUCAAGAGUCACAAAUCUCCACCUCUGACAACUGAACAAGCAUUAGAAGAAGUUAAGGAAGUACAAGAACAGUAACUGCUGUGACAGACUUUUCCUAAGUGAAUUUUAACCAAUGCUUUUUGUCAUGAGUAGAAUUUCCAGUUACAAAUCUCAAACUGAAGCAAGACUUUCAUGCAACAUGUAGAAAAGGACAAUACUAGUGAGUUGGUUUUGUACACAGUGCAUCUACAUGUGUGCUUUACUGCAGAGUAGACU